UUGUUGAUUCUCCCGGGGGAAUGAUAGAUUCAUCGGAAGACGAAUGUCCCCCACAAGAUCAUUGCAGCGUUGGAAAGCUUUCUGCUGUAGGAUCUUCGCAGGCUGCAGCUGCAGGGCGAGGAAUUUGUAGAAGCGACGGCAGCAGCAGCAGCAGCAGCAGCAACGACAACAUUUCACGCAGGGGGAAAGUCAAAUCACCGCUUUUGGACAAGAAAGGGCACCGCCGCAACAUCAGCAACUACUCGGCGGAGGAGGAGUGCGGUGAUGAUGCUUCGCCGCGACAUCUUCGGUGGUCCGGAAGCACCGCGCGUGACGGUGAAUCCUCACUAUGCGGGCCGGGCGGACUGCUGACUCCCCGGCGUGUUCGCUUGCUGGUGCUGAUGCAGUGCUUGGUUUCGAUAAUGGACGCGGGCUUCGUCCAGAUGUAUCCGCUCUGGCUGCUGGCAAGCAAAGACUCGGGAGGCUUGGAAUGGCCAGUCCCCAAGAUCGGCAAAGUCCUCGGUUGGUCAGGCGUCGGGCAAUUGCUCUUCCAGUUCUUCGUGUACCCGGCGCUCUGUAAAACGAUCGGAAUUGUUUGGCUGCUACGGGGCUCCGGCCUGCUGGCCGCUGCAGGUUUUAUAUUCGUCCCCGACAUUCAGCGCGCCAACUGGAGCGAGAACGGGUCGUAUGUGGUGGGAGUUGCCAUCGUAAUCUUCAUUGGGUCGUGUAUAUCUGUGGUAGAGACCGCGAUGAACCUCGCCUCGGCCAACGCCGUCCCAGUUCCAAUGCGGGGAAAGAUGGGGGGGAUAUUUGCGGUUGCAAGCUCCUUCGGCAGGGUCAUAGGUCCAGCAGGGCUCUGCACUCUGCUGGCGUGGUCUCUACAAAGCAGCAACGUGCUCAUGGACUAUCACGCGGUUUUCGUGGUAGAAAUGGUGCUCAUGAGCGUGAUGUUCGUGCUAGGGCGGAACGUGUUGACGCUGGAGGCGUUGACGAUCCCGGUCGAAGACAGACGUGGCGCGGAAUAUGAGUCAAUUUCGGUAUCGAGCACUGACAUUACGAAUACCAGCAGUCAAGUUCUCGCCGGGGACACCAUGGUGACAAGCAAGGUGGACAACAGACCUCGAAGGCGGGAUCUGUCGGCCGUCUAGACUGAGAAAGGCGAAAAAACUGCAACAACGGCGAGCUUUGGCCAUCUAGUCUGGGACACCAGUUGUGAAAUAUCGUGUACUCUGUCUUAAUCAAGUUCAAUAGACUAGUAUUUUCGGGGGUUAGACUAAAGCUGGGAAUGCAAAAGCGGUACUCAUUCGCUCGAGGUACAUACGAGUUACAAUGAACCUACGCUGACUACCGGUCGCUCCGGUGGUCUAGUGGUAUCCUCGUAAUCCGCUAGUUGCAGAGGUCGUGAGUUCGAAUCCCCAUGGAGUGAAAAUUUUUCGAAAUGUGCGCGUGAACGCGAAAUAUUACUGACAAGCUCUCGUGAGU